AUGCUCUUUUCGAGCUUUUGCUCAUUGCAUUCCAGGUUGAAUGCAAAUACCGUCAUGUUUAUCAGAACAACGUGUCUCCUCCACGUCCUGGUGUCGCUAUCCAAACUGGUUCGCUGCAUGGAAAGUGAACUUUGCUUCCCUGUCUUACUGGACACGCAACAGCAGUAUAAUGACAACGACGUGGAGACUCUCCACGGUAAAUGUGUGCUAAGAAUUCAAGCUUUCCACCAGGAAUUAGUGGUGGAUUUACGACAAGAUUCCGACUUCGUUGGCCCGUACGUUUCCGGCCAAGACGCACCGUGGCUCUCCGGCGCAGACGUCACCAUUGACCUCAAUCGGUGUUUUUAUUCAGGCCACGUAAACGGUGACCGCUCUUCGUACGCAGCAUUGAGCCUGUGUAAAGGUGUGCAAGGUGCAUUCGGUUACCAAGGCUGGGAGUAUUUCAUCAGCCCGGUGCGCAACAACACCACAAGUGCGGGCAGCGCGCACGUCAUCCGGCGCAGAACCAGUAGCAACCUAAAGCCAAAUUCAACCUCCAGGUGCGCAGUGAACAAUGACUUAAGCCAUCACCUCGCGCAGAUGUUGGAGAAAUACAAAAGCCUUCAACAUGACAGCAAUGUGAGCAAAACCCCACUCAGACCAAUUGUGAGAAGCAAACGUUUCGCGUCGGUCCCCAGGUACGUGGAGACGCUGGUAGUAGCGGACCAGACCAUGGCUGAGUUCCAUGGCAACAAUCUUAAACAUUACAUCUUGACGCUUAUGUCAGUGGCAGCAAGACUUUACAAGCACCCGAGCAUCCUCAACUCCAUUAACAUCGUUGUUGUGAAGAUUGUGGUUCUAUCCGAGGCGGACAAAGGACCCAAGGUAUCUGGAAAUGCAGCCCUGACCCUCCGGAAUUUUUGCACUUGGCAAAAAAAGAUGAACAAGAACAGUGACAAGCAUGCAGACUAUUGGGACACCGCCAUCCUUUUCACCAGACAGGACCUGUGUGGAGCUUCCACAUGCGACACCCUCGGAAUGGCCGACGUGGGAACCAUGUGCGACCCCAAGAGAAGCUGCUCCGUGAUCGAAGACGACGGAUUGCCUUCGGCCUUCACCACAGCUCAUGAACUUGGACACGUCUUCAACAUGCCGCACGACAAUGUGAAGGCCUGUGAAGAUGCGUUUGGCAAGCUGCAAGACAAUCACAUGAUGUCUCCCACGCUUAUUCAGAUUAAUCGCACCAGCCCGUGGUCACCGUGCAGCGCUGCCAUCAUCACAGAGUUUCUGGACAGUGGACACGGGGAAUGUUUGCUGGACCAGCCUCAUAAACCAUUAGGCCUCCCAAAUGUACUUCCCGGAGUAUCCUACAACCUCGAGCGUCAGUGUGAGCUGGCCUUUGGCGAAGGUUCACAGCCCUGUCCCUUCAUGCAGCCGCCAUGCAUUCGCCUGUGGUGCACAGGAAAGUCCAACGGCCAUUUGGUGUGUAUGACUCGUCACUUCCCUUGGGCGGAUGGGACCCCUUGCGGCAGUGGCAAUUUUUGUGACCGAGGGAUCUGCUCUCCCAAGGAGGACCAAACUUUGAAAGUGGACGGUCGCUGGGGUAAGUGGGCUACGUUUGGUACAUGCUCACGGACAUGCGGAGGUGGCGUCCAACUGGCUAAAAGAGAAUGUAACAACCCGGUUCCUUCCAAUGGGGGGAAAUACUGCCAAGGAGUUCGGGUCAAAUACCGCUCCUGCAACCUAAACCGCUGCCCUGAUACAGGUAAAACUUACCGCGAAGAGCAGUGUGAAUCCAGCGGGCGGGGUUUCAGCAGCAACCAUAUCGCCCCCUCUGUUGUGUGGGUACCCAAGUACUCCGGAGUGAGUGUCGAUGACAGAUGUAAACUCAUCUGCAGAGCAAAUGGAACCGGCUAUUUCUACGUCAUGGCACCUAAGGUUGUGGACGGAACACCAUGCUCACCAGACUCAACAGGAGUGUGCGUUCAAGGAAAAUGCAUCAAGGCUGGCUGUGAUGGAAAAAUUGGAUCAACCAAGAAGUUUAACAAAUGCGGGGUCUGCGGAGGUGACAACAAAAGCUGUAAAAAGGUCUCAGGACUCUUUACCAAACCUCUGCAUGGCUACAACUUUGUUGUGAUGUUGCCAGUAGGCGCUACCAACGUAGACAUCCGUCAGCGCGGAUACCAAGGCAUGUUGGGUGACGACAACUACUUGGCGGUCAAGAACAGCAAUGGGCAGUACCUUCUUAACGGCGACUACGUGGUGUCCGCCGGGGAGAGAGACAUCAUCGUGAAGGGCAGUCUGCUGCGCUACAGCGGCACCACUGGCCUUUCAGAGACUCUACAGUCUGUAAAUCCCUUGGGGGAGAUGCUCACUGUGGAAGUGCUAUGUGCUGGCAAUUUGACGCCGCCUCGCAUACGGUACUCCUUCUACAUAGCUCGCAUGAACAACAAAGAGGACAAAACCGUAAAGGUGGAGGACCGUGAAAAAUCGCACAACAGUGUUCUUACUGAUGAUAACGUUAAGGAGACGCCAGUCGCAAACUUGAAGAAACCUUACAGCAAAGAGCAGCCUCUCCUCGAGAACUGGACAUCAGCGAGCUGGGACGAGUGCUCGGUGAGCUGCGGCAACGGUUUCCAACGGCGGAUGGUGCAAUGUUUGAAGACGGACGGAAAACCGGGAUUGAACUGCGAUCCUUCCAAAAGACCGCCAGCCACCAGAGCCUGCGGAGACCCUUGCCCGGGGUGGCACGCCGGAGAGUGGUCGUCUUGUUCCACAAGCUGCGGGAAAGGCUUUAAGAGACGACCGCUGCACUGUAAAGCCCAAACGGGACAUAUGCUUCCCAGGGACCACUGCAGUGGCUUACGCAAACCACAGGAGCUGGACUUCUGUAAACUAAAGCCUUGCUAA